GAAGAUUAAAAUCCAUCGGAGUGUCGUAUCAGCCCCUUGAGAGAAUCGAAUCAGUAGCGUUCCUCCUUCAGUUAGAUAGGGACCAUACCUCAGCGGUAUUGACCCGCUACGCAGUUCACUGUACGGAUAGAGACGACAACUUUAGACACACACACACAAGUCCAGACGCAUGGGGUAGGAUUAACAACACAGCUAAUCAUGAGAGACAACUGGAUUCUAGUUAUCAUGCAGUUUCUGUUGUUUCCGCUGACAGGUUGGUCCAAUCCCGUCAUCUUCCCCAGCGGACCUCACCUGGUGGUUCCGAAAGGCGGUGCUCUGGAACUCCGCUGCCAUGACAACAACACCAACACUCCAUCCUCUGUUGUUUCACGGGGGUUGAGGUGGCAGAGAGAGAGGGGCAGGCGGCUGGAGGGGGAGGUAGAGGAGGGAGGAGGGGUAGUGUUUGUUAGGGUGCAGUCUGCCCAGGGAUAUCACAUGGGACGAUACGCCUGUAUCAACAACAACACCAAGGAGCACUCCUCCAUCUACGUCUUUGUGAAAGACCCCCAGAGUCCGUUUCAGCGUUCUAUGGUGAACGGCAUUCUGGUCCGCGUCGGGGAGAACCUGACUUUACCAUGCCUGGUCACCGACCCUGAUGUGACCCCCGUGACCUUACAGACCUGUGACUUACAACCUUUACCCUCCGACCUCCAUUACCAGUCCGACCCCCAGCGCGGCGUCAUCAUCGGCAAUGCCAGGAAGGAGUACGAGGGUUGCUACGUUUGCUUGGGCGAGCUGGCAGGUGCCACCGUGAGGUCGAGCCAGUAUACUGUGGACGUACGGCUAGUCCCUGAGCAGCCUCCAGUGAUCAGUCUGUCCCAGAGAGAGAGGGUGAUCCUGAGGAGAGGAGAGCAGUUUGAGAUCACCUGCAGCUCCUCCAACCUCAACCCUGACUUCAGCAUUAAGUGGGACUUCCCUGUUGGAGCGCGUGCCUUCCAGGCCCACACCUCCCACAUCCUGGCUAGUUCCCGUGGUUACCAACGCUCCACCUCCCUCUGGAUCACCUCUGUCAACCAAUCAGACGCCGGGACAUACCGAUGCCACGCCCACAACGAGAGGGGCGCCACCGCCGAUACCCUGCACCUGGAUGUCCGUGAGCGAGGCUUCAUCAGUAUGCUGAGUGACUCCCGGCCUAGCCAGUCUGCUGUCAGAGAAGGGGAGAGCCUAAGCCUCAGGGUAGAGUUUGAGUCUUAUCCCAGACCAGGCACUCUGUCCUGGGCUUACAACGGCAAGACCCUCCACAACACCACGGAGCACGUCAUCACUGUCCAACGACACCGAUACAGGUACGUCAGCGAGCUGCGUUUGGUGAGGGUCCAUGGGUCAGAGGGCGGGAUCUAUACCUUCCUAGUCAAUCAUGAGGACGCCUCAGUCAAUCAAUCAUUCCCUGUCUAUGUGAACAGUAAGCCUGUCAUUAUUUCCCAGGAGGGACCAGUUGAUGGACAGGUGCGCUGCGUUGCCGCCGGUUACCCGACCCCUAAAAUCAGCUGGUUCUACUGUGAACUCCCCCACACACGGUGUUCCCACCUGACCAACGCCAGCCAAUGGGAGCAGCGGGAGGUUGCCACGGUAACGGCAUCAGACUCGGCCUUCGGCAGCAGCGAGGUGGAGAGUCGACUGAACGUCACGAAGGGAGACGCAAACACACGCUACCACACGUUAGAGUGUGUAGCGACCGCGCAGGGCGAGCAGGCUUACACACUGUUCUCCAUCAGUGAGCGCACCGUGCCCCAUAAGCUCUUCACCCCCCUGCUGACUGGUGUGGUUGUUACAGCUGUGAUACUGAGCAUCACACUGGUGGUUCUCCUCUACAAAUACCUUCAGAAGCCCAAGUUCCAGAUCCAGUGGAAGGUGAUUGACAGUAUCCACGGCAACAACUACAUCUACAUCGACCCCACCCAGCUGCCCUACGACGCCAAGUGGGAAUUUCCCAGGCAGAAACUACGUUUUGGUAAGACCCUGGGUUCAGGGGCCUUCGGUAAAGUGGUGAGAGCUACAGCCUAUGGACUCUGUUCUGCUGACUCCGUCAUGACUGUCGCUGUCAAGAUGCUCAAACCGAGCGCCCACUCCACCGAGAAGGAGGCUCUGAUGUCGGAGCUGAAGGUUCUCAGUUACCUUGGCAACCACGUCAACAUCGUCAACCUGCUGGGAGCUUGCACUGUGGGAGGGCCGACGCUGGUGAUCACAGAGUACUGUUGCUAUGGAGAUCUGCUCAACUUUCUGCGUAGGAAGAGAGAGACGUUCUUCAGCGCCCAGGCUGCUGAUGGGUACUACCGCAACAUCAACAACCCCCGAGAACCACAGAGAGAUGGGAACGGUAGCAGUUACAUGCCUAUGCGUCCGUCCUCCCAGUCAGAUGAUAAGGGGUGUCUGAGUAUAGAUGAGUUGUCUGUGGACACAGAGGAUCUACUGAGCUUCUCCUACCAGGUGGCUAAGGGCAUGGAGUACAUCACCUCUAAGAAUUGUAUCCACAGAGACCUAGCAGCCAGGAACAUACUGCUGACUCAGGGUAGAGUAGCCAAGAUCUGUGACUUCGGACUGGCCCGAGACAUCACCACCGACUCUAACUACGUCCUCAGAGGCAAUGCCCGUCUCCCAGUGAAGUGGAUGUCUCCAGAGAGUAUCUUUGACGGUGUUUACACCUUGGAGAGUGAUGUCUGGUCAUACGGUAUCCUGCUCUGGGAAAUAUUCUCCUUAGGCAGCAGUCCAUACCCUGGUAUGCAGGUGGGUUCAGCGUUCUACAGGAUGAUCCAGGAAGGACACAGAAUGAACAGACCUGAUGUGGCUCCCAGAGAAAUUUAUGACAUGAUGUUGUCCUGUUGGAGUGAGGACCCUCUGAAGAGACCUUCCUUUAGGAAAGUAGUCGAGAGGACUGAACUACUACUGUCAGAACACACAAAGAAUGUGUACCUGAACCUGAGCUAUGGAGCUGUUCCUCCAGACCAGCAGAGGGCAGCGUCUCACAGACUGAGCUCAGUGAGCAGCACUACGGCCCCGACACAACCACUACUGCUGAAUACUGCUGAUGUGUUUCUGGACUACGACACUGUCUGAAUAAUGGACUGACACACACACACACACACACACACACACAAACACACACACACACACACACACACACACAUACACACACACAAACUCAGCACCGCCAAUUUUGUGGACUAGGACACUGUCUGAAUAAUGGACACACUCUGUCUUUGUAUUGAUUGGUCUGUGAUGCAUUUCAUGUAGUAUGUAACCUUUAUCUAACCUUUAUGUAACCUUUAUGUAACUAGGCAAGUCGGUUAAGAACAAAUUCUUAUUUACAAUGACGGCCUAGCCCCGGACGACGCUGGGCCAAAUUGUGCGCCUCCAUAUGGGACACAACACAAUAACCUACACAUUCAUAAACACAAUAAAAUACACAAUACUAAACCCUGAUUGGAUGUCCAGGCCUAAACCCUGAUUGGAUGUCCAGGCCUAAACCCUGAUUGGAUGCCCCAGGCCUAAACCCUGAUUGGAUGUCCAGGCCUAAACCCCGAUUGGCUGUCCAGGCCUAAACCCUGAUUGGGUGUCCAGGCCUAAACCCUGAUUGGCUGUCCAGGCCUAAACCCUGAUUGGGUGUCCAGGCCUAAACCCUGAUUGGAUGUCCAGGCCUAAACCCCGAUUGGCUGUCCAGGCCUAAACCCUGAUUGGGUGUCCAGGCCUAAACCCUGAUUGGCUGUCCAGGCCUAAACCCUGAUUGGGUUUCAGGAUUGUAGAACUUUAGCUAGACCAGGAAGUCUUGAAGUGGUGCGGUAAUCAUUAAGAUCACUACUAUUCCCCGUCCUUACGCACAAGAGCUGAUUUCCUGAUUGGAUGUCCAGGCCUAAACCCUGAUUGGGUUUCAGGAUUCUAGAACUUUAGCUAGACCAGGAAGUCUUGAAGUGGUGCGGUAAUCAUUAAGAUCACUACUAUUCCCCGUCCUUACGCACAAGAGCUGAUUUCCUGAUUCCUGAUUGGAUGUCCAGGCCUAAACCCUGAUUGGGUUUCAGGAUUCUAGAACUUUAGCUAGACCAGGAAGUCUUGAAGUGGUGCGGUAAUCAUUAAGGUCACUAGGCGGCACAAGAGCUGAUUUCCUGAUUCCUGAUUGGCUGAUUUCCACACUUCAUGGAAUAUAUUUCCUGAUAACAAUGUUCAAUUAAACAUGGUGGUUAUUGAGCCAACAAUGAUGGGCGCUGCUGCACACUUGAGCAGACCGCGAUCCAAUUGGUCGCCCCCCCCUGUGGAUUUCUUGUAGUGUAUUGCUAACAAAGCAUCCAGGAUUGAUAUUUUUCUGUAAAUAAGCCUAAAAGAAAAAGCUUUGACUAUCAUUUCUCUGAUCAUUCAGCAAGUUUCCCCCUUUAUCAGCGUGAAGCGGCCUAGAAGUUCAAAGAGAUCGCUGAAAAUAAAAUGGUGAUUUAAUGCAAUAUUAGAGGCAAUAUACAAUACAGUAUCAAUACAGUAUGAACUGACACAGCAGUUAGUUUAAAAGAACCAAUACGCUAUAGGCUGACUGACACAUCUAUACAGCAUGUAGAUCUACUAACACAGCUGUUAGUUUAAAAGAACCAAUACGCUAUAGGCUGACUGACACAUCUAUACAGCAUGUAGAUCUACUAACACAGCAGUUAGUUUAAAGAACCAAUACGCUAUAGGCUGACUGACACAUCUAUACAGCAUGUAGAUCUACUAACACAGCAGUUAGUUUAAAGAACCAAUACGCUAUAGGCUGACUGACACAUCUAUACAGCAUGUAGAUCUACUAACACAGCUGUUAGUUUAAAAGAACCAAUACGCUAUAGGCUGACUGACACAUCUAUACAGCAUGUAGAUCUACUAACACAGCUGUUAGUUUAAAAGAACCAAUACGCUAUAGGCUGACUGACACAUCUAUACAGCAUGUAGAUCUACUAACACAGCUGUUAGUUUAAAAGAACCAAUACGCUAUAGGCUGACUGACACAAUCUAUACAGCAUGUAGAUCUACUAACACAGCUGUUAGUUUAAAAGAACCAAUACGCUAUAGGCUGACUGACACAUCUAUACAGCAUGUAGAUCUACUAACACAGCUGUUAGUUUAAAGAACCAAUACGCUAUAGGCUGACUGACACAUCUAUACAGCAUGUAGAUCUACUAACACAGCUGUUAGUUUAAAAGAACCAAUACGCUAUAGGCUGACUGACACAUCUAUACAGCAUGUAGAUCUACUAACACAGCAGUUAGUUUAAAAGAACCAAUACGCUAUAGGCUGACUGACACAUCUAUACAGCAUGUAGAUCUACUAACACAGCUGUUAGUUUAAAAGAACCAAUACGCUAUAGGCUGACUGACACAUCUAUACAGCAUGUAGAUCUACUAACACAGCAGUUAGUUUAAAAGAACCAAUACGCUAUAGGCUGACUGACACAUCUAUACAGCAUGUAGAUCUACUAACACAGCUGUUAGUUUAAAAGAACCAAUACGCUAUAGGCUGACUGACACAUCUAUACAGCAUGUAGAUCUACUAACACAGCUGUUAGUUUAAAGAACCAAUACGCUAUAGGCUGACUGACACAUCUAUACAGCAUGUAGAUCUACUAACACAGCAGUUAGUUUAAAAGAACCAAUACGCUAUAGGCUGACUGACACAUCUAUACAGCAUGUAGAUCUACUAACACAGCUGUUAGUUUAAAAGAACCAAUACGCUAUAGGCUGACUGACACAUCUAUACAGCAUGUAGAUCUACUAACACAGCUGUUAGUUUAAAGAACCAAUACGCUAUAGGCUGACUGACACAUCUAUACAGCAUGUAGAUCUACUAACACAGCUGUUAGUUUAAAAGAACCAAUACGCUAUAGGCUGACUGACACAUCUAUACAGUAUGUAGAUCUACUAACACAGCUGUUAGUUUAAAAGAACCAAUACGCUAUAGGCUGACUGACACAUCUAUACAGUAUGUAGAUCUACUAACACAGCUGUUAGUUUAAAAGAACCAAUACGCUAUAGGCUGACUGACACAUCUAUACAGCAUGUAGAUCUACUAACACAGCUGUUAGUUUAAAAGAACCAAUACGCUAUAGGCUGACUGACACAUCUAUACAGCAUGUAGAUCUACUAACACAGCUGUUAGUUUAA